UAUAAAAUAAAACCCAAAUCGUUUUCUCUCCUUCCUCGUCCUUACUUUCGAUCUGUCACUCCCCGAAACACAACCCAAGCACAUCAUAUCUCCCUCCCCUUCAAUUUCAGGCGUUCAUUUCUGUGUCAGUAUAUCAAGAUGGUUGUUCUCGCGGCUUCUAUAGUGAGCAAGAAUGGUAAAGUGCUUGUUUCGAGACAGUUUGUGGACAUGUCUCGGAUUAGAAUUGAGGGCCUUCUUGCUGCUUUUCCCAAGUUGAUAGGGAUUGGAAAGCAACAUACUUAUGUUGAGACUGAGAAUGUGCGUUAUGUGUACCAGCCAAUAGAGGCUUUGUACUUACUACUUGUGACAAAUAAACAGAGCAACAUUCUUGAUGAUUUGGAGACUCUGAGGCUUCUCUCAAAAUUGGUACCUGAAUAUGCCAUGUCUCUUGAUGAAGAGGGUAUUUGUCAGACAGCUUUUGAGCUGAUCUUUGCGUUUGAUGAGGUUAUCUCUCUUGGGCACAAGGAAAAUGUUACUGUUGCCCAGGUUAAGCAGUACUGUGAGAUGGAGAGUCAUGAAGAGAAAUUGCACAAGCUGCUAUUGCAGAAUAAGAUUGAUGAGACCAAGCGUCGUAUGAAGGAAGAAGCUAGUAAGAUUGACCAAAUGAAGAUUGAAAAGAACAGAGGUAAUAAAGGAGGAUUUAUGUCUUCAAUGGGCUCUGGACGAAUUGAGAGCAGCUUUAGUGAUAUGAGCAUUUCCAGUGGUGGAGGAGGUGGUUUUGGAAGUGGCUCUGGGUUUGGAUUAACCAAUGAUAUUGACUCAUUUGCCAGCAAGUCUAAAGGUCGUCAACCUUCAUCUGCUACUGCUCCUCCUAAAGGCCUUGGCAUGAAACUCGGCAAAAACCAAAGGGCGAACCAGUUUUUGGAAUCCUUGAAAGCAGAAGGUGAAAUGAUUGUUGAAGAUGCACUGCCAUCAAAGUUAAGUUCUCAUAUAGCAGCGGCUCACCAACCAACUGAUCCUGUUACAUUGACUGCUGAGGAGAAACUCAAUGUCACUCUAAAACGGGACGGUGGAAUGAGUAACUUUGAUGUUCAAGGGCAAUUGUCACUUCAAAUUCUUAACCCAGAAGAUGGGCUCAUCCAAGUUCAGAUUGAAACUGGGGGGAAUCCAGGUGUCAUUUUCAAGACACAUCCUAACAUGAACAAAGAAUUAUUUGCUAAUGAAAACAUUUUGGGGUUGAGGGAUCCCACCAGACCUUUCCCCACUGGUCAAACCGGGGAUGCAGGUGUUGGUCUUUUGAAGUGGAGAAUGCAAAGUGCUGAUGAGUCAAUGGUGCCCUUGACAAUCAAUUGCUGGCCAUCUGUUUCUGGAAAUGAAACAUUUGUCAGCAUCGAGUAUGAAGCUUCAUCAAUGUUUGAUCUACGAAAUGUUGUGAUCUCAGUUCCUCUCCCAGCCCUUCGAGAGCCACCAAGUGUUAGGCAGAUUGAUGGAGAAUGGAGGUACGACUCCAGAAAUUCCAUCCUAGAAUGGUCCAUUCUUCUCAUUGAUAACUCUAACCGCAGUGGAUCUAUGGAGUUCGUUGUGCCACCAGCAGAUUCAUCAUCAUUCUUCCCCAUUUCUGUUCGGUUUUCAGCCACCAGCACAUACAGUGAACUAAAGGUUGUUAAUAUCCUUCCCCUGAAGGGUGGAGCUCCUCCCAAGUUUUCCCAGAGGACUCAAUUGAUCACAGAGAAUUACCAAGUAGCCUGAAUGAUAGAGCUACUUCACUGAAGCAUGAGUUAUAUCCGGCAUGUUUAGUGUUUGUUUAUUGGGGUAAAAUUUGACGCAAUUUUGAGACUGUUGAUCUUGGAAUCUAAUGCACUUAUUCUCUCCAUUUUUUUUCUUACUGUAAAUAAUCUUUAUGGUAACUACAUCCUCGCUUCUAUUCUUUGUAUGCUGGUUUAUUUUGGAUGCAAAAUUUUUCGCAGCUUUGACAAUGAUUUUUUUUUUUUUUCCAAUUUA